CUUAUCCUCAGAUUCUGAUGAUUUUGAUUCUGACAGGACCCCAGCAUUGGAGGCUACACCACGAAGUGGAGAGAGAAAAAAGACUACAAAUGUUGCUCUGUUUCAUCCUGAGAUGAGUAAAGAGAAAACCAAACCCAAGGCAGUACAAGUUAAAAAUAGGCAGCCUUGGUUUCCAUCAAAAACUGCGAUAGAGAAAGAAGCAAGACACACAUACCCUCUAUGUAGGAAAAGAGUGACCAGCUACAUGUCUCUGCACAUUCCUGAAGACGAUGAGUAUCUCUUUUGUGAAGAGUGCAACAUUGAAUACAUAGGGGAUUGUACUGAACAUGGCCCUCUAAAUAUUUUAUCGGAUUCACAGGUUCCCCCAGACUGCAUCAGGGGCAAGGACAAAGAUUAUUGUAAGAAAACUCUGCCCCCCGGUCUAGUCAUUAAAACAUCAAACAUACCUGAUGCUGGACUUGGUGUUUUUGCCUUAACAUCCUUUCCUGCGCAGACAAGGUUUGGGCCAUAUGGUGGGAAGAAAGAGAAAAAUGAGCAUAUGGCACAUGACUCUGGGUAUUGUUGGCAGAUUUUCAAGGAUGGGAGACCAUCCCAUUUUGUUGAUGCCAGUGACAGCUCUGACUCUAACUGGAUGAGAUUUGUAAACUGUGCUCGCUGUGAGGAUGAGCAGUGUGUCACAGCAUACCAGCACAAAGGUGAAAUCUACUACAGAGCUCACAGGGACAUCAGUGCUGGCACAGAAAUACUGGUGUACUAUGGUGACAGUUAUGCCAGAGAUCUGGGCAUUCAGGUACAGAGGGUCAGUGUUGUAAGCAAGAACAGUUUAACAAACAUGGAGAACAAUGACUCUGAUAUAUAUCCAUGUCAGCAUAGCAGAGUGGCCUUUUCAAAACUUUCCUAUUUGAAUACACAUCUGAAAUACCGACAUGGAGGUAAAGGCAUUGUCAAUAGGGGUUUGGAUCAUAUUGAUGACACUACUGUACAUUCUUCUUCCCAGUCAUCAAACUUACAUCAAAACCAGAUAACUCACAUUGGAGAAAAGCCUUACAAGUGUGAUAAAUGUGGUCAAUGUUUUACACAGCUUAGUGAUUUACGGAAACACCAUAGAAUUCAUACAGGAGAAAAGCCUUACAUGUGUGACAAAUGUGGUAAAUGUUUUACACAGCUUAAAGAUUUACGUAAACACCAUAGAAUUCAUACAGGAGAAAAGCCUUACAAGUGUGAUAAAUGUGGUAAAUGUUUUACACAGCUUGGUAAUUUAAAGAGCCACCAUAGAAUUCAUACAGGAGAAAAGCCUUACAAGUGUGACAAUUGUGGUAAAUGUUUUACAGAGUCUGGUAAAUUACAGAAACACCAUAGAAUUCAUACAGGAGAAAAGCCUUAUAAGUGUGACAAAUGUGGUAGAUGUUUUACAUGGCUUGAUUGUUUAAAGAGACACCAAAGAAUUCAUACAGGAGAAAAGCCUUACAAGUGUGACAUAUGUUGUCAAUGUUUUGCAGGGCUUGGUAAUUUGCAGAAACACCGUAGAAUUCAUACAGGAGAAAAGCCUUACAAGUGUGACCAAUGUGGUAAAUGUUUUACACGGCUUGGUAAUUUACAGAGCCACCAUAGAAUUCAUACAGGAGAAAAGCCUUACAAGUGUGACAAAUGUGGUAAAUGUUUUACAGAGCUUGGUAAUUUACAGAGCCACCAUAGAAUUCAUACAGGAGAAAAGCCUUACAAGUGUGAUAAAUGUGGUCGAUGUUUUACACAGCCUAAUAGUUUACAGAUACACGCUAGAAUUCAUACAGGAGAAAAGCCUUACAAGUGUGACAAAUGUGGUAAAUGUUUUACAGGGUCUGGUAGUUUACAGAUACACCAGAGAAUUCAUACAGGAGAAAAGCCUUACAAGUGUGACAAAUGUGGUAAAUGUUUUACAGUGCUUGGACACUUAAAAGGACACCAGAGAAUUCAUACAGGAGAAAAGCCUUACAAGUGUGACAAAUGUAAUAAAUGUUUUACAGAGCUUCAAAACUUAAAAGGACACCAGAGAAUUCAUACAGGAGAAAAGCCUUACAAGUGUGACAAAUGUGGUAAAUGUUUUGCAGAGCUUCAGUCAUUAAAGGUACACAAUAGAUUUCAUACAGGAGAAAAGCCUUACAAGUGUGACAAAUGUGGUAAAUGUUUUACAUGCAGCUCAAAUUUAUCCAGACAUAAAAGAACCCUCACUUGAAAUAUGACUUUACACAUCUCAGUGUCUAA